AUGUUCACCCGUCAGCAAUUCGAAGCAGCUUGCAAGUCACUUGCGACGAAAUGGUCCUCAGAAUCACCACUAGACCCGCGCACACACGCCUAUACUGAUUGGGUUUGGCACAACCCGUACCCGUACGGCUAUCUCGCCCGAACGAAGCGAUACGCGCGCACAGCGUCACCUGGUGCAUUUGAGGAGGAACUCGGUCAGGAACUCGGUCAGGAAUUCGGUCAGGAAGAGGUUGUUUGUCAGGAUGAUGUUGCUACAGGAUCUACACCGGGUGAUGUGGAAAGCGUGCUAUCUCAGCAAUUCGUCGUCUUUUCCGCCACUUUUCAGGUUCCUGCUUUUUAUUUCACUGUACAUGAUACGACUGGCGCUCCUUUAUCCCUCGAUAAGUUGCUGGCAAGUCCACUCUUCAAGUUCGAGCUCCCCGAAGGCGCCGCAUCAACAGGGUUCGCUCUAACCCUGCCCAACGCGCCCUUCCCUCUUCUGUCGCAAGGAGAACACCCGUCGCUUGGAACGCCAUGUUGGUACCUACAUCCUUGCGAGACGGAAAGGGCCGUGGAGGAACUGGUCCGGGAAGCAGAGCAGCCGGACUGGACGCCGGAACAUAGACUGGAGCGGUGGUUGGAGUUGUGGUUGAUGGCUGUCGGAGCGGUCCUGAAUCUUGGAGCACCGUGUGUGCAAAAGCACAUGAAAAUGGACCGGAUCAUGACUAGGAAGGGCUGUUAUAAAGUCGGCGACGGCGGUGGGAGUCGCCCUUUACGUCCCUCAGACCACCUCGCUGUGACACAGGACUUAGAUUUUUGUCGUGGCACCAGCCACCACAACUCGCUUUUCUACCCCAUCAUUUACCCGUUCAAUGGCAAGUCAUUCUUUUCCUCCAGCUUCGCAUCCAGUCCUUACGUGCUCUCCCAGUCUAACGAGGUCGUCAUCGUCUCUGCUUCCCGUACCCCUGUUGGCUCCUUCAAUGGUGCCCUCAAGUCCUUCACCGCGCCCCAGCUUGGUUCGAUUGCCUUGAAGCAUGCUCUCGAAUCCAAGAACAUCGACCCUGCCCUCGUUGAGGAGGUCUACUUUGGCAACGUCGUCCAGGCUGGUGUCGGUCAAUCCCCUGCGCGUCAAGUCGCCCUCGGUGCUGGUCUCCGUACUAGCUCGGAUGCGACCACUAUCAACAAGGUUUGCGCCAGUGGAAUGAAGUCCAUCAUGCUUGCUGCCCAGAGUAUCAAGCUUGGUGAGCGUUCCGUGGUCGCAGCAGGUGGUAUGGAAAGCAUGAGCAACGCCCCCUUCCUGCUGCCCCGACAGAACCCUGCAUUCGGCAAGUUCACCACCCGUGAUUCCUUGGAGAACGAUGGCCUCUGGGACGUCUACAACAACUUCGCCAUGGGCAACUGUGGUGAGCACGCUGCUGAGAAGCAUGGUCUCACUCGACAGUCGUUGGAUGAGCAUGCCAUCGAGUCAUACAAGCGUGCUGCACGCGCAUGGAAGGAGGGUGCUUUCGAUGCCGAGGUCGUGCCUGUGACCGUCAAGGGCAAGAAGGGCGAUACCAUUGUUCGUGAGGAUGAAGAAUUCACCCGUGUCAUUUUCGACAAGGUUCCCUCCCUCCGAUCAGCCUUCAAGAACGGUGGUGUCAUCACUGCCGCCAACUCUUCACCUCUGAGCGACGGUGCCUCUGCUUUGAUCCUCAUGUCCGCCGACAAGGCCAAGGAGCUUGGUUUGGCUCCUUUGGCCAAGGUUGUCUCAUGGGCCGAUGCCGGCACUGAGCCCAUCGACUUCCCUGAAGCACCCACUGUCGCCCUCCCCAAGGCUCUCGAGAAGGCCAACCUCACCGUCAACGACAUCUCCCUGUUCGAACUCAACGAAGCCUUCUCCGUUGUCGUCCGAAUUGCCGAGAAGGUCUGCAACAUCGAUCCCGCCAAGAUCAACGUCAAUGGUGGCGCCGUUGCUCUCGGUCAUGCCAUCGGUAACUCUGGCUCUCGUAUCAUUGUUUCUCUCGUCCAUGCGCUCAAGUCCGGUCAAUAUGGUGCCGCUGCUAUUUGCAACGGAGGUGGAGCUGCCUCUGCACUCGUUGUCCAGAAAUUGUAA